GAAUAUUGCUUUAUUUCCCAAGUUAAUAGUUCUAGUACGGUUAUGUGUGUGUGUGUAUAUAUAUAUAUAUGUAUAUAUGGGGUGCAUGUAUGAAGUGAUAUUGCUAUCACAGGGAUAUCGAUAUGGCCUACUUCCCCUCCCAGAGUACUGAUUGGGCUAUGGCCAUGAGCUUGGCUUUUGGUCACCACUCUUGCCUGCCCAUGGCAUUGAAUCCCUUGAACUAUACAUUGUUUGAUGAGGACUCCGUAGCUUGCCAACUAGAAAGACCAGUUCCUCUGAUGGCAAGUGACAGUGGUAGCAGAAUAUAUGGGAGUGGGAUGCAGACACCAAAGGAGGGAGUGUGCCGGGUUGCAUUCAGAACAAAGUCGGAGAUUGACAUCCUCGAUGACGGUUUCAAGUGGAGGAAGUACGGGAAGAAAUCGGUGAAGGACAGUCCGAACCCAAGCAGGAACUAUUAUCGCUGCGCAACGGAGGGGUGCGGGGUGAAGAAGAGAGUGGAGAGAGAUGGAGAAGACCCCAGCUAUGUGAUAACCACGUACGAAGGGGUGCACAACCACACCAGCCCAGCCGUUAUUUAUUUCAAGCCUGAUGGGCAUGACUCCGCUGGGUCUCUACUUUCGUAGAAACUCGAGUGUUUAUCAAUUAGUUAUGUGCUCCUUAAAAGAUUCUUAUCUAAUUUUCAGUUUUCAUCAAACCUAUGUUCUGAGAAGAGGAAGGCGGGACACCAUAUUGGGUCAAGCAAUGGCUCUUUGUAAUCCAUUAAUUAGUUUUCUAUUUCAUUGCUUCCCCCUACUUCAACUUUGUAUUUUUUUGUUUUUCAUCUUUCUUAAUAAAUCCGGGAAAGGUUCCUUCCUCA